GCCAGGUAGAAUAGAACCAACCGUAGAGGCGGGGCCAGUUUUGCUUAGCACCCAGGCGAGAGAGAGAGAGAGAGACAGGGAAUAGUCACGCGGCGCCGGGUAAACUGGUAAAGGCAGGAAAGGAGCGCAAGUCGGGACCAGAGGAAGCAGUACAAAUUACCGAUGGAUUUUGGGACUGAACUGAAGGGAUGUGUUUGCCGGAUCAACAACUGCGCCAUCGAACUCUUCUCCAUGGAGGAGGAUUUGGAGAUUGAAGACGAAGACUCAUGGGACCUGGUUGGGAGGGACCUCCGUCUGAAGGCCACCUUCAUGUAUAUUGACCUCAGCCGUGUGAUCUCCUCCUGUGAGAGCGAUGAGCGCAAGAAGACGCUCACCGGCCUAGCCAACAAGUUCUUCUACUUCAUGGACGAGUUGGGCAAUGCGGUGAAGGACAGAAGCGCCCCCCUGGUGCAGGUGUGCUACAGAGACACAGCUCAUGUUCUUCGCGAGGUGGUGGCCGCCCUUGAGCCGUCCCAUUAGUCUGCCAUUCGUGCUGAGAAAGCUGUAAGAUCUGGGAGGUUCGCAGUUCUUGGAAGCAAGAAAUUGCCCAAAAACCUGUACAAAGAGGAUAGGCCAACAUGAGGGGCCUAUGUAAUGUACAUAUCGUUAAACGGCUGUGGAGCCGAAGCAAUCUAAAUGAUUAGUGUCUGGUUUGCCCCA